CUUUAUUCUAUCAUUCCCCACUAUCUCCUUCUCCAGAUCCCUCUCUUCUUUAUCUUCGAAACUAACCGCUUUGCCGUCCCUUAAAAACUGCGUAAGCACGGACCAGUUCGGAAUUCAUUACAUUCCUCUACACCAGAACCUUCGCCGGAAAAUUCCGAAAACAAUAAAAAUGACGAGUGCUUCAACGGAGGCGCUAGAGUUGAAAGCCAAGGGGAAUGCUGCGAUAGCUAGUAGAGAUUGGAAGACUGCGGUUGACUUCUACACUCAAGCCAUAGAGCUCGAUCCGAACCAAGCGUUAUUCUACUCCAAUAGGGCCCAAGCACAUAUAAGGAUGGAAGCGUACGGAUCCGCCAUCGAGGACGCAGCAAAGGCGAUUGAGAUAGAUCCGGCAUCCGUUAAGGCCUACUACCGAAGGGCAAUCUCCAACGUGGCACUCUUGAAGUACAAGGAGGCUCUUAAGGACUUCAGGACUGUUUGCAAAAAAGCUCCAAACGACAAAGAUGCCCGACUAAAAAUGAACGAAUGCGAGAAGCUUAUUCGGAAGAUUGAUUUCCUGAAGGCUAUCGAGCAGAGUGAUCCACCAUCUGCUGCUGAGGGUCUAGAUCUGGAUUCUAUAGUGGUUGAGAAUGAGUACGACGGCGUUCGCCUCGAAAAGGAGAUGACACAGGAGUUCAUCGACGAUAUGAUCGAGAGGUUUAAGAACGGCAAGACAAUUCAUAAGAAAUACGCAUACCAGAUUAUCCUCAAGGCGAAGGAGAUAUUCUACGCCGAGCCAACCAUGCCAGAAGUCACUAUCCCAGACGGCAAUAAGAUGACAAUUUGCGGGGACACCCAUGGUCAAUAUUUCGAUCUGUUGGAGAUCUUCCGUCGCAAUGGAUUCCCGGCAGAGACGCACGCAUAUUUAUUUAACGGUGACUUUGUUGAUCGGGGAUCUUGGUCCACUGAGAUUGCUUUCCUUUUGUUCUCCUAUAAAUGGCUCUUCCCCAACAACUUCUACAUAAAUCGUGGCAAUCAUGAGACGGAUGACAUGAACAGGGUUUACGGAUUUGAGGGAGAGUGUAAAGCCAAGUACAAUGAGCGCAUGUUCAAAUUGUUCUCGGAAGCAUUCAGCGCUCUGCCUUUAGCUACGCUAGUUGGCUCCAAGUACCUGGUUCUUCAUGGAGGGUUGUUCUCCGACGAUAAGGUUAAUCUAGAUGACAUCCGAAAGUUGAACCGUCACUUGAAGAAGCAACCUGGACAGGAAGGACUAAUGAUGGAGAUGCUGUGGACCGAUCCACAGCCUGACCCUGGCCGCAGACCUAGCAAGCGUGGUGUUGGUCAGCAAUUUGGUCCGGACGUUACGAAGUCUUUCUGCGAGCGCAAUGGGUUAGAAGCCAUUAUCAGAAGUCACGAGGUCCGGAUGGGAGGCUACGAGGUGGAGCACGAUGGACGGUGUAUCACCGUCUUCUCUGCACCAAACUACGUCGAUACCUCCGGAAAUAAGGGUGCCUACAUCAACGUAGGAUCGGAUUACAAACUGGAACACAAUGUCUUUGACGCCGUCGAACAUCCCCCGAUCAAGGCCAUGGCGUACGCGCAAAACUCACUCAUGUCAAUGUAAAAAGUAGUUACAUGCAUUCCACUGUUUUCUAAGUAUGCUAUCUAUUUAUUACAUGGAUGGGAGUAGAAGUUUUUAUCAUUGACUUUAUCUCGCUACAACUCAAAAAAAUAAAAUAUAAAAAAAAUCCUAUCCUUCUUCGACACGACAGAUUUCGGAAUCUCGGUUUGGGCGUUCUUGUGUUGCGAGAGCUUGAUUUUCAUUUUCAUAUUCGCGUUUACCAGUGGUUUCACAUUUCCCCCUCUUUCUCUCUCUCUUUGCAUCCCCUUCCUUUCUUGUGUUGUUUUUGUUCCAACGAAGUUAGCGCAUUUCUUUCUUUUGGGCAGCUCACUUGCUUACCUGCUAUGUAUAGCAGGAUGGAAAUUGAGAUGAGAUGGGUGGGAUGAGACAGGAAAUUGAAUGUAUGGGUGCGUA